AUGAUCUUAUUGAUGAUGAUGAUAUGUUUAGUUGGAAUCAGUAGCAGUAGCAGUAGCAGUGGUGGUGCUACACAGGAUCAACAAGUGGUGGAUCAAAUCUCAGCCCUUCCAGGACAACCACCGGUGACAUUUUCGCAGUUUUCCGGUUACAUUACUGUGAACAAGACACACGGACGAGCUCUCUUUUAUUGGUUUAUAGAAGCCACUACUCAUUCUGAAAAGAAGCCUCUUGUGCUUUGGCUUAAUGGAGGUCCCGGUUGUUCAUCGAUAGCAUACGGGGCAUCAGAAGAAAUCGGGCCAUUCAGGAUCAAUAAAACCGGUUCAUCUCUUUACCUCAACAAAUAUUCAUGGAACAAAGAGGCAAACAUUCUCUUUCUUGAAUCACCUGCCGGUGUGGGUUUCUCAUAUACAAAUACAAGUUCAGAUUUAUUGGACUCUGGGGAUGAACGCACUGCUCAGGAUGCUUUGAUUUUUAUGAUAAGAUGGAUAUCAAGGUUUCCACAGUACAAAUAUAGAGACUUCUAUAUUUCUGGGGAAAGCUAUGCAGGACAUUAUGUCCCCCAAUUAGCGAAGAAAAUCCACGAUUACAAUAAAGCUUCUUCCAAGCCCUUCAUCAACCUUAAAGGAUUCAUUGUGGGGAAUGCUGUAACAGAUAACUACCAUGACAAUAUUGGAACAGUGACAUUCUGGUGGAGCCACUCCAUGAUAUCAGAUAGGACCUAUCAUUCGAUCCUCUCCUUAUGCAACUUCACAUUGCCGAAUUAUUCUUCAUCGUGCAAUGAUGCUAUCAAUUAUGCCAUCAACCAAGAGUUUGGAAAUAUCGAUCAAUACAGUAUCUAUACACCAACAUGUACAGUUGUAUCUAAUAAUGAGACACAAUCGGUUAGGCUCAAGAACACACUCCUGCAUCGCCGUAGAUAUGGAUACGAUCCAUGUACGGAGAAUUACGCAGAGAAAUACUAUAACAGACCUGAAGUUCAAAGAGCUAUGCAUGCCAAUUCUACAGGCAUUCCUUAUAAGUGGACAGCUUGCAGUGAUGUUCUGAUCAAGAAUUGGACAGACAGCCAGUUUUCGAUGUUGCCCACUUACAGGGAAUUGAUUGCAGCAGGUCUAAGAAUCUGGGUUUUCAGUGGAGACACAGAUUCAGUGGUUCCAGUCACUGCAACUAGAUUCUCCCUCAACCAUCUCAAUCUCACUGUGAAGACUAGGUGGUAUCCAUGGAAUUCAGGUGGCCAGGUUGGAGGAUGGACUGAGGUCUAUGAAGGUCUAACCUUUGCCACAGUAAGAGGAGCUGGUCAUGAAGUUCCACUCUUCCAGCCCAAGCGGGGAUUUACCCUUUUCCGCUCUUUCUUGGCUGGAGAAGAAUUACCCAAAUCUUAAUACACCUACCAAAAGAGGAAUAACAACACAUCUACAAAGUAAUCAUUUAUCUUGGAGGCAGUUGAAUUUGUUUGAGCUGUUAUUGAUCAUUCAGCACAAAAUCCCUACAAUCAUGGGCACUGUGCUGCUAGAUUUAGGUUUUGUUUAUUUCAUUUAAGCUACGUUUUUAAGUUUCACAUGUUUGAAAACAUUGCCAUCCAUUCUUCAAGUAUAAUAAGCUUUCAGCUGUAAAAUGUAUC